AGCUCCCGAAGCUGCUCUGCCUGGCGCCCGCGCCCCGCGCCCAUAGCCCGCCCAGGCGGAGUCAGCCCGCGCUCCGCCCGCUGCGCUCCGGGCUCGGAGGUCCGGACUCCGGGCUCGCCGCCUCCCGGGCCGGCUCCGCGUCCAGCACUCCCGCGCUCCGCGCCCCCACGGGCGGAGCGCACCAUGCCUCAGCUGGACUCCGGCGGGGGCGGCGCGGGUGGCGGCGACGAUCUCGGGGCGCCCGAUGAGCUGCUGGCCUUCCAGGACGAGGGCGAGGAACAGGACGACAAGAGCCGCGACAGCGCCGCGGGCCCUGAGCGCGACCUGGCCGAGCUCAAGUCGUCUCUCGUCAAUGAGUCCGAGGGCGCGGCCGGCGGCGCUGGGGUCCCGGGGGCAGGCGCCGGGGCCCGCGGCGAGGCCGAGGCUCUCGGGCGGGAACACACUUCGCAGAGACUUUUCCCGGACAAACUUCCAGAGUCUCUAGAAGAUGGCCUGAAGGCCCCGGAGUGCGCCAGCGGCAUGUACAAAGACGCCGUCUACUCAGCUUUCAAUCUGGUCAUGCACUACCCACCCCACUCGGGAGCAGGGCAGCACCCCCAACCGCAGCCCCCUCUGCAUAACAAGGCCAGUCAGCCUGCUCACGCCGUCCCACAACUUUCUCCUCUCUAUGAACAUUUCAGCAGCCCACACCCCACAGCUGCACCAGCUGACAUCAGUCAAAAGCAAGUCCACAGGCCCCUGCAGACCCCUGACCUCUCCGGCUUCUACUCUCUGACCUCAAGCAGCAUGGGACAGCUCCCCCACACUGUGAGCUGGUUCACCCACCCAUCCCUGAUGUUAGGCUCCGGCGUACCUGGUCACCCAGCAGCAAUACCCCACCCAGCCAUCGUGCCCCCCUCAGGGAAGCAGGAGCUGCAGCCGUAUGACCGCAGCCUGAAGACUCAGGCAGAGUCCAAGGCAGAAAAGGAAGCCAAGAAACCAACCAUCAAGAAGCCACUGAACGCUUUCAUGCUGUACAUGAAGGAGAUGAGAGCCAAGGUCAUUGCAGAGUGCACGCUCAAGGAGAGUGCGGCCAUCAACCAGAUCCUGGGCCGCAGGUGGCAUGCGCUGUCACGGGAAGAACAGGCCAAGUACUAUGAGCUGGCACGAAAGGAGAGGCAGUUACACAUGCAGCUAUAUCCAGGCUGGUCUGCGCGGGACAACUAUGGGAAGAAGAAGAGGCGGUCAAGGGAAAAACACCAAGAAUCCAACACAGGAGGAAAAAGAAAUGCAUUCGGUACUUACCCGGAGAAGGCCGCUGCCCCAGCCCCGUUCCUUCCGAUGACAGUGCUCUAGGCUGCCCAGGGUCCCCAGCCCCCCGGGACUCACCCUCAUACCUCCUGCUGCCCCG